CUUAUCAAGCAUCGAGAAAACAUUUGUGCUGUCCAUAGACCACAAACUCUAUAUUUAGCAUACAAGCCUUCCUUGAACAGCCAUGACAAGGGGAGGAGAUUCCCAUCCCAAUCUGAGGCAGCGCAAGCACUCGGAUCCUUCUCCUCGUAAAAAUGGAGAGACGGGACUGGAGGGGGACGAGAUGAAACCACUGCUGACCAAACCGAAGGAAAAGUCAUCAGUCGACACCUCUAAGACAGACGGAUAUGUGUUGAUGCCUCUUCGGGAACGCUCCAUCCUUGCUAGGUUGGAUGUCGGGCCCUUUCUUUUGUGCUAUGGGUUCUUGGUUUCGCUGGACUUGACGCGGGAGCAGCACGAGGACGAAACGAGCAACGAGACGAGUGCAUUUUCUCUCGUUGCGUUUCCUCUGGUCUUGUUUGUGCAUCUGGGACUGUUCUUGGUCCAGCAGUGGAGUGUUUCUUGGCGAGCAACAGUUGGAUACCAGAGAGUAGACACCAGGCAGACGAGGGCUCCGUCGACACCGUCAAAUACUUUAUUGGGGUGGACGCAUUGUCUAGUAACAGCUCCCCAUGUCGACCAGCACCAGUCGUCUCACGAUGCGGGAAUCGUGCCGGUGGUGCAUCGGAUACGGAGAACUAGUGGCAGCGAUAAAGAUAAUGAGGUUCUCGCGGUUGUCAACUUUCAAGAUAUAGUAUUUCGAUGCAAUAUAGUCGACGACACCGACGCAGACACUUCACUUUGGUCGAACGACGACACUAKCGACUCGGUAACCACGAGAACAACCGCUGAUGGAUUGUUUCACCGGCUAAAAUACCCAAUCAACCUCCCUCUGUCCUUUUACGAUAAGUGGCGGGGUCACAAAACAAUGGAACUUGUGCGAAAGGCACAGCAAACAUACGGCACCAAUACCACCCCCAUCGACCUUCCUCCGUUCAUAGAUUUGCUCCAGGAACAAGUUGUGGCACCAUUUUUUCUCUUUCAGAUUCUGUGUGUGUUGUUGUGGAGUUUGGAUGAGUACUGGUACUAUGCUAUGUUCACGUUCUUCGCUCUGUUGAUGUUCGAGUCGACCGUGGCGUACAAUCGGCUCAAGUCACUGGAGCGACUUCGAUCGUACACGGUUCAUUCCCACCGGCAGAUUUGGGUACAUCGACCAACGUAUCCACCCCUAGGGAAAACCGGCUGGGUUCAAAUUUCGGUUUCGGAAAUCGUCCCAGGAGAUAUUGUGAGUUGCAAGCAAAGCACUCUGAGAUCGUCUCCGAACCGCAGCGGUAGCGCUCUUGCUCAGAAACAACAUCAAUUGAAUCAACUUCCAGCGGAUAUUUUGCUUCUUAACGGUGACGCUGUUGUAGAUGAAUCCCAAAUCACGGGGGAAUCCGUUCCACAACUCAAGGUUGCCCUCGAAAACAGCGGUGGUGGCACCGUCAAGACGAGUGCCACCGACGAAACACUCGACCUGCAAGAACACAAGCAGUUUAUUCUCUUUGGUGGAACAACAUUGUUGGUUAGUCACUCUGGAGCAUCUCCGCAUUCUACGAUAUCUGAACCUCCCGAUCACGGAGCUAUCGGGAUGGUGCUGCGAACGGGCUUUGAAACCGCCCAAGGAAGCCUUCUGAGAACAAUGGCCCAUACACAGAAGUCCGUCGAUGGAAUUCAUACUCGUGAUACCUACGCCUUUAUCCUGACGCUCUUGUGCAUGGCUGUGGCUAGUGCGUAUAUGGUGUGGGAAGAAGGAUCAAACGACCCGACCAGAAACAAGGUUAGUGCUUUGUUUCCUACCAUGAAUUCGAAUUUUGUACAACAAAAGAGCUGACGGCCAUUUUCCAUGUUCAUUUUUGCUUCUCUUUUCGACACCAACUGGCUGCUAGUUUCGACUUUUGCUUCAUGUCGUGAUCAUAAUAACAAGCGUUGUCCCCCCCGAACUACCUAUGGAAUUGAGUUUGGCCGUAACGAAUAGUGUAGCAGAYUUGAUACGGCGACGAAUUUUCUGUACCGAGAACUUCCGAAUUCCUUUGGCUGGACAAGUCAACAUGUGCUGUUUUGAUAAAACGGGAACUCUGACAUCCGAUGAGAUGCAACUGACAGGUCUGAGAUUGAUAACCGAAAGCGGUGGGGAAAGGUCAAGAGGGGGCGAUUCCGAAGGUUUAUUUACAGAUGUUCUAGAACCGAAUGCAACGCUUCAGUGGUCAGCCCUGCGAAUUAUGACGGCGUGCCAUUCUUUGGCCCCCAACGCGGGUUAUCGGAGUCACAGCUCCGAGGACGAUCGAAUGAACUCUUUGAUUGGCGAUCCUUUGGAAAAGGCCAUCUUGGAAAACACGGGAUACAAAAUGAUACAGAGCAAUGUUUUGAAGAAAAGCGAUACAACUCCUGAAGACAGGCCUGAUGCCAUUCUCAUUCUGCAGAGAUUUGGUUUCAGUUCGAAAUUGAAAAGAAUGUCCGUAUUGGCUCGGGAGUCGUCUAGCGAUGAUACCUGGGUGUUGACGAAGGGUGCACCCGAGACCGUGAAAACGUUUCUGCGGCCUGAUUCCAUACCAGAGAAUUACGACGAUAUUUCUAUGCAUCACAUGGGCAUGGGGCAACGAGUGCUAGCAAUGGCAUACAAAAAGUUAACAGGAGAGGAAGCAAAGCAACCAAUCAAAGAGAUCAGUCGUGAGACUGUGGAAUCUGAUUUGGUUUUUGCUGGAUUUUUGCUCAUGCACUGCCCGAUCAAACCAGAUUCUAGUUCAAUUAUUUCCGAGUUGUGGAACAGUGGAAAUGAAGUUGUUAUGAUUACAGGAGACGCGAUUCUGACCGCAGCAGAAGUUGCACGACAGGUCGGUAUAAUCCGAAAGAAGAGCAAAACACAUCCGCCGACAUUGCAAUUGAAAUACAUACCGGAUGAUAAGACCACAGCGACGAAAACUAGCUUUCGUCAUGAAUUCCACUUUGUGCCACUAUCGACAAAAGCUCAUGUGAGCAGCAACGAAAAUCUAACUUUAUCAACCACUAAUGUGACUCACCUGAAGAAGAUGGUAGCAGCAAAUGAACUCGCAUUAUGCAUUUCUGGUGAUGCGCUUCAAAAACUUGUACUGAAAAUCGUCCAGUAUAGUUAUGCCAAUCAUGAAGGAAAUGGACGUGUCACAGAUGAGAAGCAACUCUUGUUACAUCCCGCUACACAAGAUGUUCUUAAAGAUAUUGUUCCAAUGUGUAAUGUUUUUGCAAGAUGCAAUCCUCGCCAGAAGGAAGCUAUCGUUGCUGCAUUCAAUCUCGGAGGUUUCACCACAUUGAUGUGCGGUGACGGCACGAAUGAUGUCGGUGCUCUUCGUAGAGCACAUGUUGGUAUCUCUAUUAUCAGUGCACCGGGAAUUGAGGCAAAGCAACGUUCUGCUACGAAGGCCAUAUCUCAGAUGAAGGCCGAUCAUGAGAAGGAGCGAAAGAAGAAGAGGGCGAAGAAGGGAUCUCGGGCUCGAAAUGUCUCCUCUUUAGAACAGUCACUCAGAGAGUUGCAGGAGGCACAACAUGAGUUGGAUCAGAUAGAGCUUGGGGAUGCCUCCAUUGCCUCCCCUUUCACGUCCAGGAUGGUUAGUAUUAAGUGCUGCAAGGUUGUCUUGCAACAGGGAAGAUGCACGCUGGUGACAAUGCUCCAAAUCUACAAAAUUCUUGGAGUGAACUGUCUGGUGAAUGCAAUGGUUUUAUCAAAGCUUUUUCUGCAUGGAGUAAAGCAGGGCGAUCGCCAGCUAACGAUUCUCGGACUCUUUGUUGCAGGGCUUUUCUUUUUUGUCACAAGGGGAAAACCUUUGCCCAAGCUGUCAGAGAGGCAUCCCCCAGAUUCUGUACUAAGCACAGAAGCGUUGGUGUCUAUCGCUUCACAGUUUGCUAUUCAUUACACAGCCAUGAUCAUUGCAACUGAAGUUGCUCUCUCCUUCGUCGACCCGUUCGAUCCUAGUWUGAUACCUGACGGCCCAUUCAAUCCGAAUACUUUGAACACCUGUACCUUUCUGAUUAGUGUGCUGGCAACUAUCAAUACAUUUGCAGUCAACUACAGAGGGGAGCCUUUCGUUGAGCCAUUACGCGACAACAAAAUGCUUUGGAGAAGUUUACAAGUGUGCUAUACAAUCCUAGCCGUAUGCGCACUCGAAAUUUUUCCUCCACUGAACGAUCUUAUGCAGCUUGCUGAAUUCCCUGAUACGGUAAAUCCUGAAUCGUUGGAGUGGAUGAAGGAAAAUUCCUUUUCUGAUCAAUCCACUGUUCCUCUAGUGCCAAUUCAUACCCAAUUGGUUCAAUCUAUUGGUUUCAAGACUUUCAUGAUAGGCUUAAUGGCAUGCGAUACUUUUUUGGUAUUCGCUUCCGAGAAAAUUAUUUUGAAAGCUUUCGAAAGAUGACGCAUUUUCCUAUGAGGGUCGGAACGAAAUUGACAGAAGAAAGAUUCCUUAGUUUUUAGGUAAUGAAUCCGUCUAUCAUUG